GCGUCCGCCGGGAUCGGGGCCAUGGCCGGGCUGUCCCGCACCCUCGGCAUCUUCGGCGCCUUCGUGGCCGUGGUGGGCGCCGCCUUUUACCCCAUUUAUUUCCGGCCGCUGCUGCUGCCCGAGGAGUACAGUGAGUUCCUGAGCGGGGAGAGCUGUGUGUGCCCGGGCGUGGGGAAAUGCUGGGGCUGCUGCUUCAGUGGGUGACACCCGAGCGGCUUUCUGCUCGUCUAGGAAAUACCUGAAAACCGAAAUAAUACAGCUCGCCGUACUCUUAUUUCAAGUUAUUGGCUUUAGAAUGUUGAGGUGCAGUUGAAGAAAUUGAGAUCAGAGAGAUGGAGCACCUCUCCUGUGCAGGAAGGUCGAGAGAGUUGGGGUUCUUCAGCCUGGAGAAGAGAAGGCUUCGGGAAAACCUUGUAGAACACUUGAAGAGAGCGUGUAAGAGAGCUGGGGCAGACUUUUUAGUAGGGCCUGUUGCAAUAGGACUAGAAGUAAUGGUUUUAAACUAAACAGAGUAAAUUCAGAGUAGAUAGAAGAAGUAAAUUAUUUAUAAUAGUGCUAGUGAACUACUAGAACACAUUAUCCCCAGAGGAGUGGUGGGUGUCCCAUUCCUGGAAACAUUCAAGAUCAGGUUGGACAGGUCUCCGUGUAACUUGAUCUAGCUGAAGAUGUCCCUGCUCAGAGCAGGAGAGGUGGAAUAGAUGAUCUGUAAAGGUUCCUUCCAACCCAGAGACUAUGAGCUCUUCGAGCUCUGUUUCCCUGCUGCAGUUGAAAAUCUAAGUUAAAACUUGGCAACCAGUUGUGAUGGUGACCAGCUAGAGCUGGUUUCAGUCUGCAGAGUCUCUGAAACUGACUCCUGAGGAAAAGCCCACUUUCCUGCCAGAAACACUUGACAGGAAAAUCUGCAAAAGCCCACAGCUGACUCUACCCAGGAAGCCCUCGAAGGCACCUGAAGCUCCAGUGUGAAGCCUCAGUAGCUCCAAGUGGGUGCUCCUUAGGGGAAGCACCAUUACUCCUGAACUUCUGUGAAAUACUGCCAAAGAAAAUGGGGGAAAAUUCUGGUGCAACCAGCCUUGCCCCCUCUCUUUAUUUUUUAUGAAACUGAGCUGAUAACAUGAAGAUAAAUGUGGUUAAUCAGCCAAGACAACUGAAGAUUUCUGGGAAGGAAAAAGAAAAAAGGGUAACAGACUUGCUGAUCUUAUUGGAGAGGGUUUGGCCUUCUAUCAAAGCUCAAGUAAAAUUUAACUUGCAAGCAAGUUUUUACUCAAGAGAAAGAACAAGCAAUGAACCGAGCUGGUAUUGUUCAAGAGGAUAUUCAGCCUGCAGGGUUAAAAGUGUGGUCGGAUCCAUUUGGAAGAAAGUAAUUGGUGACUGGUGUAUUGCAAAACUGAAGAUGGACGUCUUCAGCUGCUUCUUCUUUCACUGAAGAGUGUCUUUGGGUGUCACUGGAGGAGAAUUCUGAAUAUGCUGUGUGGGCGCAUGUGGAGCAACAAACACUGGUUGGAAUCCCAAGAGAUAAAAACAUGCUAGUUUUGAGAGAGAAUGCUGGUGCAUAGCUAACAAACUGUUAGAAAGCUGAAUGAUUGAGUAUAGAAGUGAAAUAUUUAUUUCCUUGAGAAAAGGAAAAAGGGUUUUCUUCUAAUGUGUAGACACUUAUAGAGUGAAUUAUGGAUAGAGUAAAUCAUUGCAGACUCUGCAAUUUCCUCCCUAGUUUGAAAGUUACAACAUGGUGAGUGUAAAUUUGUACAUUAAAAUUUUUAAACAACUG